AUGGCGCAAGAACAACGUCGUUCUAAGCCCAAAUCGAAGCCUCACUCCCCGGACUUUGAGCCCCAGAUUUGCUUGGUCUUCCCCGGCUCAUGGAUGCCAAUGACCCUAGAUAUCUUCCGGACUCGAGUCCCGGCCAGCCUUCUCGACAUGUUGGACGAUCCGAGCAAGCAGCCAACGACGCCCGACCCGGGCUUCGAUGUCUACCACACCAAGGUCCCAGUCGACCCCAUCGGCACGGUGACCGAGCGCUUUGCCCAAGCACUGCGCCUCGAAGUCCCGAGCCAAACGGGUGACGGAGAUCAGCCUGGAAAAGCCCCGCAGCCAAAAACUCCGAAACGGAAGAAAAGACCGGAGACGGAUCCCAGCCGGAAGCCCAAGAAAGGGACCGGAAGCUGCUAA